CCCCCUCUUCUCACUCUUUUUCUCUCCCCCGUCUCUCUCUCUCUCUCUCUCUCUCCAGUGCCCCCCUGGCUGCGAGGCGUCACGCCAGUUUAUAAUAAGGACCCAAAAAAAAGUUGUGACUGAAAGAGGAAAAAAAAAACGGAACCCUUCCCACUCUCUGGAAAUCACGGGGAGUGACAGGAGGAAGGGGACAGAAAGAGAAAGAAAGAGAGAGAGAGCAGAAGAAGAGGAAUUUUUCUCCUCCGGACUUUAUCAAGUUUCUUUCGGGACUGCGCGGACCUGAGCGGAUCACUAAAAAAAACUGGACUGAUAACCAAUACGGGCGAGCGGAGUCGGUAACUGUGCGGGAGACUCUUGGAGCAUGCGGCUCGCUUUCAGGCUCUAUGUGCUGUGGGGAUUUGUGGUGGUCGCGACCUCCGUGACCAAAGCAGCCAAAAGGAAGGUUGCAGGUCGAAGGUCCAGGCAGGUGUUUGAGGCGGAGCCUGUGGAGGGUGUGUGGUCAUUUUGGGGGGAGUGGUCAGAAUGCACCCAGACCUGCGGCGUGGGCGUCUCACAGAGGGUCAGGAAGUGUUUACCUCCUCCACCCCCCCAGGUGCCUCCCCCGUCCCACUCUCAACCUAACUGGGCGGGUUAUCUGCCCGGGGGCAUCGGAGGUCCAGCUGUCUCAUCCGUGAACCCCUACUACCCUCCCCGUUACCCGCCUUAUCACUCACCAUCCGUCUCCACCAGUCGUAAUCCGGGAUUGCCUCUUUAUCGGAAUACCCUCCCUGGAGGAGGAGGAGGAGGCGGAGUAGGAGGAGGAGGUCCUCCUGUACCAGGACAGGCAAAUCGAUCGCCCCCUUUUUACACCCCACCGAAUCAGGACCGCGUGUCUGUUUACCGCUCUCCCUACCACGCACCUUCACAAGGCUACAACCAGCCUGCACGGAUCAUCAGGAGACCAACCAAUCCAGGAGCAGCGAGAGGUGGAGGUGGAGGUGGAGGUGGCGGGAGCAGAAGGUCGGUCUCCCCCAAUCAAGAGGGUGUGCCUGCGAGGAGGUCUUCCAGCAUCCGUCCAGGUCAGUUCGGGUACGGAAGGGUUCCCUUCUCUCUGCCUUUGCAUCGCCAGAACCGUCAGGCCCGUCACACUGUCAACGGUACUGACAAUGAACGCGAAGUAGCUGACGAGAGCCACAGCUAUGAGGAAGAGGAGAGGGGGGUUGACGAAGAAGACGCGGAGGCAGGGAGGAGAGAGGACGAGGAGAGGAGUGUAGGGCAGGAGGCCACUGAGGCUCCUGCUGGUGGGGAGGUGCCCACAGCCACCCCGAGCCCAAGGCGCCACGUGGAUGGACCAUCACACACCCACACGGCCCACACGGAGCGCGGGAGGGCCAGAGUCCCACCCCCGCACCCCUUCCCGCGCUCCUCGUCGCCGUCUGUCCCGAGUAACCGCCACCGGUUUGACUGGCACUCCCUCAACGCUCCACCUCCUCCCGUCCACUCUCGCCCGCACUCCCCUGCUGCCGCCUCCUCGCCCUUCUCCUCUCCUCUCCACCGCCCCAUCCCCGCACAGAGAGACAGGGAGCCCCACCCGGCCUUCAACCCCCAAGACCCAUCUGCCGGCAGCAUCUACCCCUUGCAGCACCUGGGAGUCCAGUCAGGCAGGGAUGGAGCUCCUCGGCCCUACAGAUGCUCAGGGCCUGAGAAGGAGUACCGCAGGUGCUUCUCGCAGGUGUGCGGAGGAGGUACGCUGGACUCCAGAGCAGAGCAGUGCGCGGCCUUUAACACCCAGGAGUUCAUGGGCCGCCUCUACAACUGGGAACCUUUCACCGAGGUCGGUCCAGAUAAGCAGUGCGAGCUGACCUGCAGACCCGCCGGCUAUCGGUUCUACGUCCGUCAAGCGGAGCGCGUCAGAGACGGGACGCCCUGCUUCAACGUUAGCGCCAAUGAUGUGUGCGUAGAGGGACGAUGUCUGACCGAGGGCUGCGAUGGAGUACUGGGCUCCAGCUCUGUGAUCGACAAGUGUGGGGUGUGCGGUGGGCGGGACGCCUCCUGUCGAAAGGUGACGGGAAGCUUCCAAAAUGUCACGGUUCCUCUUGGUUACCACAAGAUCCUGGACAUCCCCCCCAGAGCCACGUUGAUCAACAUCACGGAGAGACGAGCAAGCCCCAACUACCUGGCCAUGAGGAGCGGCACAGGGGCAUCAGUCGUGAACGGGCGCUGGGCUGUGGACCCUCCAGGAGAGUACCAGGCGGGGGGGACUAUCUUCACCUACACCCGGCCGAGGGCGCAAGCGGAAGGGGAGGAAGAGAAAGGCGAGUCCCUCCGAGCACCGGGGCCCACCACAACCCAGCUGCAGCUAUAUAUCAUUUUCCACAAGGAGAACCCGGGCAUUGACUAUGAGUACUACAUCCCCGUGGAGAAGGAGGAAGGAGAGAGGGCGAGACUGCCGGAGAGAGAGAGGGAGACGCCCAGAGAGGCACCCAGGGAGAGGCCACGGGAGCGAGAGCCAGCUAGGGCACCCCUACGCGGUCCUUUCACGGUGUCAGUAGAAGAGCCUCCUGCUCCCCCUCCUAUUUCGGUACCUUCUUUUGGCACCUCCUCCGGCCCCUCUUUGUUUUCUCCCCCAUCCUCGGACCGCUGGACACCUGAGAGGUCACGGCCUCGAGCAUCCGCGCCCAACAGGAACGCUCGGAUCCCCCCUCGCACAGACCUGCCACUGGACAGCCAGCCGCCGUUUGUUUGGAGGAGAGGAGAACUGACCGAGUGCUCUGCAUCCUGUGGCAAAGGUUUUCAGUACAGAGUCAUUCUGUGUGUCAGCCGUCACAAUGAGGAGGAAGUCCCAGAGAGGAAGUGUGACUCUGCAGCCAAACCUGUUCCAGAGGAGGAGCCUUGCAACGUACACCCCUGUCCCCCAUUCUGGGAGGCCAGCGCGUGGUCCGAGUGCAGCGUGUCGUGCGGCCCCGGUGUGCAGCAGAGGCAGCUCCAGUGCAGGCAGAGCUUUGGAAACCGCUCCACCAUGGUCCACCCUCAGCGCUGUGCCAACCUCACACCUCCGGAGUCAACGCAGGCCUGCCAGCUCCGCCUCUGCUCCCACUGGGAGGUCGGCUCUGACUGGAGCACGUGCUCAGUGGACUGUGGAGUAGGGAGGAGGACAAGGAGUGUGCGUUGUGUCAGCGAUGAGGGCAGCGUGGUGAAUGACAAGGAGUGCAACACCAGACUGCGUCCACAGGGGACUGAGGAGUGCAACAUGGGCCCCUGUGUGACCAACUGGUACUUCACCGGCUGGUCCAACACUUGUUCGGCGCAGUGUGGCCCCGGGGUGCAGAAGAGAGAAGUGGUGUGUCUCACCAGAGGAGGAGUCAGGGACGGCGGAGACGGAGGGGACUGUGUUGGAGAAAAACCGGCGGAGAUGAAGGCCUGUAACGGGGGCCCUUGCGUCGCAUCAGCUAUGUGGUACAGCAGUCCCUGGACACAGUGCAAUGUCCUAUGUGGGAGUGGAUCUCAGCGGCGAGACAUCAUUUGUGUCCAGAAGAUGGGGAGUGAUUUCACCGUCGUGCCGUCCACCGAGUGCGCUCAUCUGGACAAGCCUGCAGCCGUCCAGGAGUGUGAGAUGGGAGAGUGUCUGCCGCAGUGGUUCACGACGGAGUGGAGCGCGUGCUCACGUUCAUGUGGAAAGGGCCUGCAAAUGAGGGAGGUUCGAUGUCUGACGCCAGACAGAAAGCACAGCCCUGAAUGUGAUCCCAGCACCAAACCUGAGCAGGAGCAAAUCUGCAACACGAUACCCUGCAGCCCGCAAGUCCCAGAUGAGAACUGCAGGGACAGACGUCAUAACUGUAUGAUGGUGGUGCAGGCCAGACUUUGCGUCUACUCCUACUACAAGACGGCCUGCUGCGCCUCCUGCACCCAGAGCGCCCAGCGAGCCAAGAGGCACUGACCAGCCAACGACAGGCAGCCCUCGCGUGCGUGCGGUCGAAAGGUGAAAAGAGCUGAAAUGGACAGCCCAGAGUAGACACGUGAUCAGUUAACGUUUAGAUACUUUCUCCUGAACCUUCAGGUAAAACACUGUGAAAGCAGUCGGUUCCUUUUACCAGUACUCUAUAUGCGGUUAUGUUUGCUAUUGAACCACUUCUUCCACUGAGCUUGCUUCAGUUUACUUUGUGCGUUUGCUCUUAUUCGUUCGUAAUGUGUCACACAGGGCUUAAUGGUGCAUCCGCUGUCACUUCCACUCUUGGAGGCUCAUUUCUGUGACUGAUAGGUUGUGAUGUAAGGUGCUUCACUGAAGACACGGCUGUGCUUCAGCAGCAACUUUAGCCGUUGCUGAGAUUCCUCCCAAUUUACGGGAUCUUAUAUCAGAUGUAGUCAGACAUGCAUACCACUAAUGACAUGGUAAAUGAAUGAUUGUCAUGUGUGCUACGUAAAAUGUGUACAUGUAUUGCUAUGUGUGCUGAAGAUCUACUGGAAGAGAUCUGUACAUAAUCUGAGUUCCCCUCUGAUCUUCAGAGGCUGCCCAUGGCCAAGCUCGAAGGAUUUUAUUUACGUAUGUCUUCAUCUAUUUGCCAAAAAUAUUUCCUUUAAGUGUCCUCUUAUCCAGUAUUUGGACAGAUGAACCAAAGGAGUGGGGUUACAAUGGCAGUAAGUGACCAAAUAUAACUGGGUGGGAAGACAGAGAUGAGAUUUUUCCCAAACAAGAAAUGUCACCCACAUGGAUGUUAAGCAGUCUAUAUUCAGUUCAUUUAUGCAGACCUCUUUAAGUCCUUAAAGUGUUUUGUUUUGUUUUGUUUUUUUUUUAAAAGACAACAAGCUUGGAGACAUUUGCUGCUGCUGCUCUCGUUGCUGUGGUAUCUGUGAUUUUGUUUUUCAUUCUACACAGCUGAGAACAUGUGCUUUCAAACAUUGUAUGAUCAUUUCCAGUAACGGAGCAGUGACUGAGCUCAUACUGGGGCUCGGUGAGUGUUAAGUGGCCCGUUUGAGUUGUGUUAAAAAGUUACAGUUCUGUUUUUACUAAACCAAGGGGUCUGCUGCUUAUUAAAUAACAGACACGGUUAUUGCUCUAUAGUUGUCUUGUUGUCGACAAAUCAAGUGAAAAGAAUAAACUAACCAUGUGAUGGUUUCUGCUUAUUCCCAAAAAUGUGUUUGAUGCUCAAGUCAAACUGAUGUAUAUUACAAAAAAAAAAAAAAAAAAAUAGUAAUAAUUCCUUUGCUAAAACUGUGAAGCAUUGUAGUUUUAGGAGAGUAAUUAGUGAACCUCAUCAAGUCUGAUGGUAAAACGUUAACUUGCUGCCUAAUAUUUCGAUAACCAGCUAUAAACUGUUCUUGACUUUACCAGGGACUAUGACAGAACAACUUCAUGGUUGGUUUUGUUCAUUUCAUGCAAUUUGUUAAUAAAAAGAACACAUAGAGCACGGCCUUGAAUUUGUGUUAAUGUAUUUUUUUAAAAAACAUUUUAAAUACAUCUUUGUAUGAUCACUUUCUUGGGAAGAGAUGUUGAAUCUGUCCUAUGAUGAAUGAGGAAACCCCAAGGAGACCGAUAAUCUUGUAACGAGGUUAACUAUGGUAUGGAUCAAACUCUGUCAUUCUGCUUUGAGCUAAAAAGUAAAUAUUUUUGCAUUUCACUGUUGUAAUAUCUGUAUAUGUGUGUAAGUACCAUGUUCUGUCUUUCUCUCUCUUUCCUGCCUUAAUGUUUUUUUUUUUUUUUCCUUAACUCACAUGUUGCUCCUCUCCACACCUCCCACCCUGACAUUAACACCUGGUCAAAGGUGAGGAAUCUGUAUAUUUGUCAGAUAUGUUUUAAUGUCUAUGAUUUCUUUGGACAUAGUAGGUGCUUAUGUCUUAUAACUGAGUAGAGAUAUCAUAAGUGUUGUUGUAGACUGCAUUUAUUCACAUUUAACUGUCGUAUAACUGUUGCAUACAGUCUGAUGGUGCGUUUCUGUGCGAUGUGUGUGUGUGUUCGAUCUAUAUGUGUGUGUAUGGAUGUGUGUUUUGCUUAUUUCGGUAUGUCCGUCUUGUCUCUAAUCCUCUUGUAGUACAAAUUGCAUUUUAUAAAUAAACAAAAAAGGAUAGUAAUUUAUCAAUUAUCUAAAGAACAUGUAAUUUAUUUUCUGUUUUGAGGAGCUGUAGCAUUUUUUUUGUUACCACCAGAGUUUAUAAGAUUAUUAUCAAUAUACAGACUUUUUUUUUAUCAUGCAGUAACAAAACGAAACGUGUGGAGGAAUUAUUAUCUCGAAGUCUCAUUUUAAAUAAAAUUGAAAUAACUAAAAAUGUAA